UGGACUUCACAGCUCAUAACAUAUGUGAAAACUUCAAAAUGCAAUAUUGUGUUUUUAUCUAUAUUACACUUUUAUCCCAACAUCAAAGAGUAAUAUGAUGAUGAUGUAAAAUCUUUAACAUACAAAUCUGAAAGAUUACAAUUUAGCAUUUUACACGUUAUACCUGUUGAAUGAGAAAUACAAAAUUAGACCCUAAAUUAAAAAAAAAACUAAAAUAAAAUUCUCUUUAUGAAAUACCUUCUAAAGUUUAUAUUUUAAAUAAAGGCUAGAAGAAAUGCAGCCUCUAGCAAAGUAAUAUUAAAAUAUGAGAUGGUUUUUAAAUAUACAUUUAAACACACUUAGUUUAAUUUGUAUCAAAUGAUGCAUCUCCCUCUAAUUUAAAGAAUAAAUAUACAAUAUUAAAUGAUUUUGAAACAAAUGUGGUGUCUAAUAUUAAAUAUGAAAUGAAAAGGUAAUAAAGCACGAUGCUGUGUAACUCCUCUGCCGUCAGCUCUGUGGUUUAUGACCAUGUUUAAGUUGUAUCGCGUUCAUUAUGUGUCUGUAAAAAGCAGAAGGACGGAUACGUAGCUGUCGUCAGGUCCUGGAUUUCCCGUGUCGUUUGAUGGGUCUGGAUUUUGGCACAAACCCUCAAAGCACACUUGUAUGUUUUUAAAGCAUUUUGGAUGGGGCACACACAGUGCAUCUCCAAGUCAGCAGAGAGCGAAGCGUUUGUGGCCCAGAGUGGAAGCUGGAGGCUCGAUGAGCUUUGUAUUGACCUGUCUGGGACUCCUGCGAUCAACCCAGACCUCAUUCCUGAAAAACUUGACCCCGGAGUACGAGUACAGGCGCACAGGCUGGAGCCGGACCUAGUGGAUCCAGCUGAGGAAGUCCAGAGAUUAAAGGAUGCUAUGACACACCUUCAAGAGUCGGGCUGGUACUGGGGCUCGAUAACUGCAGCUGAGGCUAAGGAGCUUCUGAGCAAGACUCUGGAGGGUUCCUUCCUCGUGAGAGACAGUUCGAGCCCGCAUUACCACCUCACCCUGUCCGUGAAAACCGAGCUCGGCCCUACGCACCUGCGCAUCGAGUACAUGAACGGUCAGUUCGGCUUCGACUCUGUAGUGAUGGCUCGGCCUCAUCUCCGGCAGUUUAAAGGAGCGGUGGAAUUGGUGCAGUAUUACACUCUGGCCUAUCGCAGGCAGGCGGCUCUCCGGGAGCUCGGCACGGAUCGCCAUACACGUCCGACUGCAAUGGCGGAGAACACGCUGAAGCUCAAACUCAACAAACCGCUAUACAAGGCUCCGCCCAGUUUACAGCACCUGUGCCGUAUAGUUAUAAACCAACAUUCUCGUGAUCACAGACAUUUACCUUUGCCCGAAAUGUUGAAGGAAAUCCUGCGGGAAUAUCCGUUCGUACUCUAGACUGCCUUCAGUAUUCCAUUUGAGUAAAUAUUUCAAUAUUUCCUGAUAUCAUUCAAAUUUGGGCUUCCUGCCCCCCCCCCAAUGAAAUUUUUUUUUUUUUGUAACGGACACGAUUAAUCAGCACAACCUGAUCUCGCACAAUAACCAUAUCCAUAUAUUGUAAUUGUAGCCGUAUGUAAUUUACCUACAAGCACUAACCCCGCCCCCUUAUCCAAACCUCAACCAAUCAGCACUUUAUGUAUGAACUGGCUCACGAAUCACGAGUUCUUCCAAAUCAAUUUAGAAAUCAAAUUCCGUUGUCUGUUCAAAGCCAUCAUUUUAAAUCGGUUAUGAAUUUGCUGUUAAAUGAGUGAGUGAUGUUGUAUGAUUGUUACCCAUGGCAGCAAUUUAUCCGUAAAUGAAGUGCGGCAGUGUGUCGAUUGGGGUUUAAUAUCGGUGAUGUGUCUAGCGUGUAUAUGUCUGAUGGCUACAGUCGUAAUGUGAGUGUUAUAUAGUCUGUUUGGCAGCUGCAUGGGAAUGGUCAAAACAACAGUACAGAAAUAUUCCUUUUUGUUUUUCUACCUGUUUUGAUGACAGUUCUGGCAUAUUACAAGUGACACACUCCAUCCAUGUAAUUUUUAUUUUUGUGUCCAAUGUAACAUAAUGCAAAUAACAGUCCGUCAUCAUGGUACACGGAUAUCAAUCACAGCUAUGUCAUGUUUACAACCAACUCCAUAGAUUUAAUUCGUAUUAAUCCAUCAAAUGUGGAACCCCCCCCCCCCCCCCCCUUAAAAAAAAAAAAUCUUCAAAAGUUCAAGUAAAACCAAAAUAAAGAAUUAUAUGCAUCUAAUCACUGGCUUUUGGUUUCCUGAAUUGUAAGUUAAGCUGCUCUUUUUAAAGUGAACAUUUUUAGCAAACAAAAACUAGCGAACAGCUAAUUGUUCUGGGGGGAACAAAAAUGGAUGACAAAUGAAAGGGAAAAACCGAAAUAAUGUAAGAACGCCAGAACUAUGGCGUGUCUGGAACUGCACUGGAAGAGAUAUUUGAGAGAAAAAUACUUCCAAAUGAUCUUGCAUUGGUUGGGUUUUAAUGUAGGCAGGGUCAUCCGGGAAGAAGCCACGCCCAUCAGCAUGGAGACAUUUAAUUGUAGGAUAAAGGUAUCGGAUUUAUUUUGCUGUGACUCUUCCCUCUAAUGCGGACGUACUGUAUGAGCAAAAAUAAUUAAACGAAUGUUCCUACAGCAUUUCCUUUCAUUUGUCACCCAUCUGUAGCCUGUGUGCUAACAGCUAGUUGUCAUGACAGAA